UAUCUGACAUAGCAAUGGUUAAUAACAUCAUGGAGCGGCGUCCUGAUAGCUUUUGGUCAUGCCUGGUUUGUGCAGCAUCCGUAUUGUCUAUUCUGAUCGCAACUAGCGGUCCAUACGCCUUUGGAUUGCUUCUUCCUCCUUUAAUGGAUGAAUUCAGCGCAACCAGACAAGAAACAGCAUGGGUCGGAUCCUUGAACACGGCUUGUGGCUACAUUCUUAACCCAUUCAGCGUCCAUGUUACGGAUCGUUUCGGCUUCCGGGCUACCGCCAUUCUGGGAUCUGUGUCGAGCUUAAUAGGCGUAGGCCUGGCUUCAUUCUCUGCUCAGCUAUGGAUGAUGUACCCAACUUAUGGCUUCCUGAUGGGGUUUGGAAACACAACGAUCUAUAGUACAUCGAUGCUGGUCGUUUUAAAGUAUUUUGUGAAAUGGCGUUCUGUGGCGGUCGGACUCGUCGCAUCGGCAACAUCGGUUGCUGUGUUUGCCAUGACACAAUUUGUUCAAGCACUACUAAGUGCCUUUGGCUGGCGAUGGGCCAUGCGAGGAAUAGCGAGUCUGUUUUUGAUGUGCGGUUUGUGUUCAGCUUUAUAUCUACCGGUCAACAAGGCGAAGGAGAGUGAUGAACAAACUUCGGAUAGAAUUGGAACAGACAAGAAGAAGGAGAAUGAACCACAUGUACUGAAGAACCGCCGAUUUUUGGUAUUUUGCUCUGCAAAUACAAUUGUCAUGUUUGGAUACUACAUUCCAGUUGUACACAUCAUCAAACAUUGUGAGCAAGAACUGCAGAUUCCUGAACAUAAAUCCUUCAUACUCUUCACUUACCUCGCUGGAGCGUCUGUUAUCAGCCGCCUUGUGUUCUGCAAAUUGGGAGACUUUCAAUGCGUCAGCCGUUUCUUUCUUUAUCAAGUGUCCGUGGUCAUAUAUGGGAUAUGUGUGUUAUUAUUACCAUUUGUAAAAACGUUUAACUCUUUGGUGAUAAUAUUUGUUGUUUUUGGACUUAUGGACGGCGGUGCACUGGGUCAGUUUUCCCUCCUUGUUUUAGGCUGUGUCGGUCAAAGAAAAGUGAAUCAAGGCUGGGGUUACGCCAUGUUUAGUAUAGGUUUUGGAGUCGGCACUGGACCUCCACUCGCAGGUUUUAUGGCGGACGAGAGUGGUUCCUACGCAGUAGCCUUUUAUUUAUCAGGAGUAGUGCUUAUAGCUGGAGCUGCUAUCACACUGCUGAUGAAGUUUGUAAAGCAAACAGACGUAACCGAAGGCCCUGAAGAAGUCAAAGCCCAAGAAAUGGGAAUUCUGAUUGUAGAGAAAGUCACCGUUCUUUAAUUGAGUUCGGAGAGUAGAAAAUUUCCAGGUCAAUUUACAAAAAUUUCACAAAAUAAUACUCAUCACCGUAUUAUUGCAAUUUCAUAUCUUCCUGUAUUUAUUUCGUAUCCUCAGAAACUAGUUUGUUUUUCGAUUGUGAAAGAAAAUGGCCUUUAAUAUAUGUCGGUUUAAAUGGUGGCCCACAGUACAAGGAGGAGUUUGAAUUCUGAGGCAAAUCAACCACCAGAAGGAUGUGGUUAUUACUACGUUGUCAGGCAGAACAGUGCAAAAGAAGCAAAACAACAACAACAACAAAAAAAGUUCUGUCACUACCUGUAUGAGUUUAAGACCAUUUAUUUGCAAUUGGUUAACAGGAAAAGAAGCAUUCAAAUGUAUCUCUGUGAUUGUUAAAACGCACAAAUCCGCAGAUCCUUUGGUAGAAGUCAGUGAUUUCGUUCAUCUUCAGACAUUAACUGAAGAUACUUAUCGACCGGUAAUUAUUUACCGCCUGAAGAUAACGGAGGAUUUGGAUUGUGUCGCGAUAACAAUAAUCUGGCCCACUCCUCCCCCCUCACUGGCAAUUAAUUUACUGGCAAUUCCCUAUAGUUCCCCCUUCAAACUCUGCUGGCGACGACUUAUCCCUCCUCCGUUCCCAGUGUAAAACAUUUGAUCCCCCUUAAAGUUAUCCACUUCUCAGCAGACUAAACAAUAACUAGUACCUUGAACAAGGAGGCCAGCGUCAUUGAAAUAUUCUGUAGGUAGUCUCCGCUCAGGUUUCCAUUUGUGUCAUCAUUUAUGACUGCAGAUGAGGUGUCAGUCCUCUGGUUUGCUGACUGGCUAAAUGGGCAAAUCCAUUCAAAGUUAUCCAUCACCUGCAAUGCUUCUUAAUGUUUGUGUUUGAUGUUUCCACUCUUAA